AUGUGGCGCGCAGCGCGCCGCGCUGCCGACGCGGCGCGACGCGGCGUGCUGCUGGGCGAGCACUCUGCGCGGUCGUGGCUGGAACCGGCGAGCUGCGAUGGAUCCAGGGGCAUGGCGCGGUCGAAGCGGAUGGUGGAGAUCAUUCUCAUAGAGGACGUGCCCCACAUUGGGCCCAAAGGAACAAUUGCCCGCGUGCGCCCAGGCACGGCAAGGAACCACCUCGUCCCAGGCAAGCUCGCGAAGUACGCCACGGUCGACAACCGCGAGAAGUACCGGCAGGACAUCGAGGCUGCGUUGGCGGCGAAGGAGGAGUCGGAGGCCGGCGCGACGGACAUCGCCGACGCGGAGAAGGCGCGGCGGAUCGAGACGGCGUUCUCGCUGCUCGGGAACCGGCACCUGACGUUCGUGCGGCAUCCGGACCGGAACGACCCCAGCGGCUCGGUGACGUACGCACAGCACGCUGUUGGGGCGGAGGAUGUGGCGCGCGAGGCGAUGCGGCAGCUGGGGGUGCAGAUCGAUCAGCGGCUGGUGGUGCUGGGCGGCAGCGGCGGGGACAAGAAGGGCGGGCUGCGGGCGUUCGGGACGCACGACGUCCUGCUGCGCGUGUGGAAGGCGACGGACGAGGACGACGUGCAGGAGAGGCUCAAGGUGCAGAUUCGGAAGAAGAGCGUCAACCCCGUCAACAGGGAGCGCAGGGAGAAGCAGGGCAGCGGAGCCGCGGACGUGUGA